CAAAGCUGUCGUCUGUAUUUAACAGCUGUUAACGCCGGCAUGGGGGAUGGUAAAACGGUCUAAUUUAUAUUACUUCGGUAAACUCGAUAAAUUCUAUUUAACGGAGUUAAGUUUACAUACUAUAAAAAAUGUCGAAAGCGGCGGGAAAAAUGAAAGGAUUUAAAAAGAUGAUACCAAAGGUGGAGCACGCAUCUCCGCUUCGCACAAAUAUACCGGCGGGAUUGGCAGCACCGAGUCCACCAUUGGGACCGAUGCUCGGACAGAGGAACAUAAACAUAGCUAACUUUUGUAAGGAUUUCAACGAGAAGACCAAAGAUAUAAAGGAAGGGAUUCCGUUACCAUGUCGAGUUAAGGUAAAUUCUGAUAGAAGCCAUCAGCUAGUCAUUCACCAGCCUCCGGUCACAUUCUUCUUAAAACAAGCUGCAGGGAUUCAGAAAGGAGCUAUGUAUCCACAGAGAGAAAUAGCUGGAAAGGUAACCCUAAAGCACGUUUACGAAAUAGCUAAAAUUAAAUCGCAAGAUCCCCCUUUGGCUCUAAUGAGUUUACAACAAAUUUGUCAAAUGAUAGUUGGGAUUGCACGUUCUUGUGGUAUAGAAGUUGUUCGCAACUUGAACAUGGACGAAUAUACGGAAUUCUUGAAGGAGCGAGAGCAAAUCAUAGCCGAACAACAGAAAGAACUCGAAGAAAAGAAACAAGCUAAAAUGUUGCGGUCAAAUUAAUGUCGAUCAUAGCUAAGUAUGCCCUAGAUUGUACAGUAUCGUAAGAAAUAAAAUACAUACGUAUCGCUAAUAGCUA